AUGAAGUUAAAACCUGGAAAUUUGGUACUUAAUAUGGUUGGGCGGGGGGUGCAGGGCGCAGGAACGGACGGAACAAUGCCAGACACCAUCACUAGACUUUUGGCUUUAAGGUCACACUUAGAAGAGAGAAGGAGACGCGUUGGUGACUGCAAUAGGGCCACCUCCCUCGAUUACGUUGCUCUCUAUGACCCAUCUUCAGUCUCCCAGUUCAAGCUAAUCAUUGACAGAGCUUUACAAUCACAAGCUUUUACUGAAGCUUUGAUAAGACAGUCCAGCAGUUGGUGGCAAAGGAAGCCAGGCUGUGCGGCAGGAUCUCCAGGGAAUGAAUGGAUUUUCUUCAGCACUGAUGAAAUAACCAUACGCUAUAGGAAUACAAUGUCCAACGGGGGAUUGCAAAGAUCUGUCAUCCUGUCAGCACUUAUUCUGCUACGAGCUGUUACUGGAUUCUCUGGAGAUGGAAGAGCUAUAUGGUCUAAAAAUCCUAAUUUUACUCCGGUAAAUGAAAGUCAGCUGUUUCUCUAUGACACUUUCCCUAAAAACUUUGUCUGGGGUGUUGGGACUGGAGCAUUGCAAGUGGAGGGGAGUUGGAAGAAGGAUGGAAAAGGACCUUCUAUAUGGGAUCAUUUCAUCCACACACACCUUAAAAAUGUCAGCAGCACGAAUGGUUCCAGUGACAGCUAUAUUUUUCUGGAAAAAGACUUAUCAGCCCUGGAUUUUAUAGGAGUUUCUUUUUAUCAAUUUUCAAUUUCCUGGCCAAGGCUUUUCCCCGAUGGAAUAGUAACAGUUGCCAACGCAAAAGGUCUCCAGUACUACAAUACACUUCUGGACGCUCUAGUGCUUAGAAACAUUGAACCUAUAGUUACUUUAUACCACUGGGAUUUGCCUUUGGCGCUACAAGAAAAAUAUGGGGGGUGGAAAAAUGAUACCAUAAUAGAUAUCUUCAAUGACUAUGCCACAUACUGUUUCCAGAUGUUUGGGGACCGUGUCAAAUAUUGGAUUACAAUUCACAACCCAUAUCUAGUGGCUUGGCAUGGGUAUGGGACAGGUAUGCAUGCCCCUGGAGAGAAGGGAAAUUUAGCAGCUGUCUACACUGUGGGACACAACUUGAUCAAGGCUCACUCGAAAGUUUGGCAUAACUACAACACACAUUUCCGCCCACAUCAGAAGGGUUGGUUAUCGAUCACGUUGGGAUCUCAUUGGAUCGAGCCAAACCGGUCGGAAAACACGAUGGAUAUAUUCAAAUGUCAACAAUCCAUGGUUUCUGUGCUUGGAUGGUUUGCCAACCCUAUCCAUGGGGAUGGCGACUAUCCAGAGGGGAUGAAAAAGAAGUUGAUCUCCAUUCUACCCCUUUUCUCUGAAGCAGAGAAGAAUGAGAUGAGAGGCACAGCUGAUUUCUUUGCCUUUUCUUUUGGACCCAACAACUUCAAGCCCCUAAACACCAUGGCUAAAAUGGGACAAAAUGUUUCGCUUAAUUUAAGAGAAGCACUGAACUGGAUUAAACUGGAAUACAACAACCCUCGAAUCUUGAUUGCUGAGAACGGCUGGUUCACAGACAGUCGUGUGAAAACAGAAGAUACCACGGCCAUCUACAUGAUGAAGAAUUUCCUCAGCCAGGUGCUUCAAGCAAUAAGGUUAGAUGAAAUACGAGUGUUUGGUUAUACUGCCUGGUCUCUCCUGGAUGGCUUUGAAUGGCAGGAUGCUUACACCAUCCGCCGAGGAUUAUUUUAUGUGGAUUUUAACAGUAAACAGAAAGAGCGGAAACCUAAGUCUUCGGCACACUACUACAAACAGAUCAUACAAGAAAAUGGUUUUUCUUUAAAAGAGUCCACGCCAGAUGUGCAGGGCCAGUUUCCCUGUGACUUCUCCUGGGGUGUCACUGAAUCUGUUCUUAAGCCCGAGUCUGUGGCUUCGUCCCCACAGUUCAGCGAUCCUCACCUGUACGUGUGGAACGCCACUGGUAACAGACUGUUGCACCGAGUGGAAGGGGUGAGGCUGAAAACACGACCCGCUCAAUGCACAGAUUUUGUAAACAUCAAAAAACAACUUGAGAUGUUGGCAAGAAUGAAAGUCACCCACUACCGGUUUGCUCUGGAUUGGGCCUCGGUCCUUCCCACUGGCAACCUGUCCGCGGUGAACCGACAGGCCCUGAGGUACUACAAGUGCGUGGUCAGUGAGGGUCUGAAGCUUGGCAUCUCCGCGAUGGUCACCCUGUAUUAUCCGACCCACGCCCACCUAGGCCUCCCCGAGCCUCUGUUGCACGCCGACGGGUGGCUGAACCCAUCGACGGCCGAGGCCUUCCAGGCCUAUGCUGGGCUGUGCUUCCAGGAGCUGGGGGACCUGGUGAAGCUCUGGAUCACCAUCAACGAGCCUAACCGGCUAAGUGACAUCUACAACCGCUCUGGCAACGACACCUAUGGGGCGGCGCACAACCUGCUGGUGGCCCACGCCCUGGCCUGGCGCCUCUACGACCGGCAGUUCAGGCCGUCACAGCGCGGGGCCGUGUCGCUGUCGCUGCACGCGGACUGGGCGGAACCCGCCAAUCCCUAUGCUGACUCGCACUGGAGGGCUGCCGAGCGCUUCCUGCAGUUCGAGAUCGCCUGGUUCGCCGAGCCGCUCUUCAAGACCGGGGACUACCCCGCGGCCAUGAGGGAAUACAUCGCCUCCAAGCACCGAUGGGGGCUUUCCAGCUCUGCGCUGCCGCGCCUCACCGAGGCCGAGAGGAGGCUGCUCAAGGGCACGGUCGACUUCUGCGCGCUCAACCACUUCACCACUAGGUUCGUGAUGCACGAGCAGCUGGCCGGCAGCCGCUACGACUCGGACAGGGACAUCCAGUUUCUGCAGGACAUCACCCGCCUGAGCUCCCCCACGCGCCUAGCUGUGAUUCCCUGGGGGGUGCGCAAGCUGCUGCGGUGGGUCCGGAGGAACUACGGCGACAUGGACAUUUACAUCACCGCCAGUGGCAUCGACGACCAAGCUCUGGAGGAUGACCGGCUCCGGAAGUACUACCUAGGGAAGUACCUUCAGGAGGUGCUGAAAGCAUACCUGAUUGAUAAAGUCAGAAUCAAAGGCUAUUAUGCAUUCAAACUGGCUGAAGAGAAAUCUAAACCCAGAUUUGGAUUCUUCACAUCUGAUUUUAAAGCUAAAUCCUCAAUACAGUUUUACAACAAAGUGAUCAGCAGCAGUGGCUUCCCUUCUGAGAACAGUAGUUCUAGAUGCAGUCAGACCCAAAAAAAUACAGAGUGCACUGUCUGCUUAUUCCUUGUGCAGAAGAAACCACUGAUAUUCCUGGGUUGUUGCUUCUUCUCCACUCUGGUUCUACUCUCAUCAAUUGCCAUUUUUCAUAGGCAGAAGAGAAGAAAGUUUUGGAAAGCAAAAAACUUACAACACAUACCAUUAAAGAAAGGCAAGAGAGUUCUUAGCUAAACUGAUCUUAUUUGUCUGCAUGAUAGACAGUUUAAAAAUUCAUCCCAGUUCCAUAUGCUGGUAACUUACAGGAGAUAUACCUGUAUUAUAGAAAGACAAUCUGAGAUACAGCUGUAACCAAGGUGAUGACAACUGUCUCUGCUGUGUGGUUCAAAGAACUUUCCCUUAGGUGUUGACAUCAGUGAAUUCAGUUCUUGGAUGUAAACAUAAAGGCUUCAUCCUGACAGUAAGCUAGGAAGAUUACAUGCUACAUUGCUUCUUAGUUUGAUGAACUGUAUUCCAUCAUUCUGCUCUAGCUUUCAUCUCUACUAACAGCUACUUGUGGUACAAUAAAUUAUUUUUAAAAAGUAAAACUCUGGGCUGGGCGCUGUGGCUCACACCUGUAAUCUCAGCACUUUGGGAGGCCGAGGCGGGGAGAUGACCUGAGGUGAGGAGUUUGAGACCAGCCUGGCCAACAUGGUGAAACCAUGUCUCUACUAAAAAUACAAAAAUAGCCAGGCGUGGUGACAGUGGCACCUGUAAUCCCAGCUACUUGGGAGGCUGAGGCAGAACUGUUUGAACCCAGGAAACAGAGGUUGCAGUAAGCCGAAAUUGCGCCACUGCACUCCAGCCUAGGCGACAACAGCAAGACUCUGUGUCCAAAAAAAAAAAGAAAAAAGCAACAGCAAAACUUUGUUAGACUCUACAGCAGAGAUUUAACACUCUUCUUUAAACUGGAUAGUCAGUGAUAGAUAAUAUAUAUUCUGUCACUUCUAAUAAGGUGCUUUCUCCUUUAGGUCAGGGUGGUUCUAAAAUGGAAAGAAAACACAAUAGGCUAAGUAGUGCUUGUCUAAGUCAGUUACAAAACAGACUCUUAAGAGGAUCCAGCCCUUCAAUUUUCUAACAACAACAAAAUCACCUACAGAAUAUCUAAUUUGUGAUCUUUUACUAGAUCUGAUUUUUUAAAAUAAUGUAAUUUCCGGCCAGGCACUGUGGCACCGCCUGUAAUCCCAGCACUUUGGGAGGCCAGGGUGGGUGGAUCACCUGAGGUCAGGAGUUCGAGACCAGCCUGGCCAACAUGGCAAAACCCCAUCUCUACUAAAAAUACUAAAGUUAGCUGGGCAUGGUGGUGGGCACUUGUAAUCCCAGCUACUCAGGAGGCUGAGGCAGGAGAAUCGCUUGAAUCCGAGAGGCAGAGGUUGCAAUGAGCCAAGAUCGUGCCAUUGCACUCCAGCCUGGGAGACAGAGCAAGACUCUCUCAAAAUAAAAAAUAAAAAUAAAAGUAAUUUCCAAAACCUCAUCUCAUGGAAAGAUCACAGGAUGAAGGAAAGCUAGACUCAACUCUGUGAAUAGAAGUUGCUAUACUGUAAGUAAAGCAACAAUUCAGAAUACUGAAUGAGUUUACAUUGUUUUAUAUAGCACCCUUUUGGGCUAGGGUUAAUAACUAGAUCUGACUUGGAUAAUUUGACAUUUUGGGAAAUGAACUCUGUCCUUGAGACUUAUUCAGUGUAUUUUAAACAUCCGAGGAAGAAAACUUAAAUAUGCACCUAUUUAUACCUAUUCUUUCUUUAGGUCAACAUUUAACACCCAUUGCACACAGUAAUUUGUCCUUGUCUGCUCACUCCAGCAAUUUAGACCUUAACAGUCACAAGAGAUGUUCUUCUGUUACAAAGCCUUAGUAAAUUAAGGCAGUUUUGAUUAUAUUCUAGGUCCACCUAUGUCUGAAGCUAAAUUCAGUACCCAAUUGAAAUUCUAACUGCUAAUGAACAAGUUUCCAAAAUACUGUAAACAAUUAGUCAAUUUAAGUAAAUGCAAACAUGAUGAGAAAUCAAUUUGCUAUUUGGCCUGGCAAACGGAACAGUAAAAUUCUGCUUUACUCUUCUCUAGUCUCCUUGGCAGUUUUGAGGUAUGAUUUUCAAGGAAUUUUUUAGUAUUAAUAUCUCCCUCUGAGAACUAUGUACCUAAGGUUAUGCAUACAACUAGUCAAUUCUGUUUUUAUUACUGUAACUAUGUAUAAACAGUAAGUCAUUUAAAAGAAUCACUUGGCUGGGUUUUUUUCCCCUUUGUGCCACACUGAUUCACCUUGACCGAAGAACUCCACGGAAAAUUCUUUAAUGUCAACUGGGCAACUCAUUAACCUCUCUUUAACAUCAAGGUCUUAAAAAAAAAAAUGGUCAGCCACAGGAAUAACAAAAACCUGGAAUUUAUCUUUCAGGUUUUGCUUUCUCUCUCACUUUGUUUAAAAGUAUCUCGUACUCACAGUUCACAAAUCUAUUAACCUUCACUAUGCCUUUUUCACAUUAAGAGCUUACGCUUAAAGCAUGUCCCCCUUUUCUAACUUGCUGGUUUACCAUAAACUCCCCUAAAUACAAAGGUCGGCCAGGUGCGGUGGCUCACGCCUGUAAUCCCAGCACUUUGGGAGGCCGAGGUGGGCGCAUCACGAGGUCAUGAGAUCGAGACCAUCCUGGCUAACACGGUGAAACCCCAUCUCUACUCAAAAAUACAAAAAAUUAGCUGGGCGUGGUGGCGGAUGCCUGUAAUCCCAGCUACUCGGGAGGCUGAGGCAAAAGAAUGGCGUGAACCCGGGAGGCGGAGCUUGCAGUGAGCCAAGAUUGCACCACUGCACUCCAGCCUGGGCGACAAAGCGAGACUCCAUCUCAAAAAAAAAAAAAAAAAAAACCAUCAAAGGUCAACCAGAAACUGAUAGCUUUUGAAAGGAGCAAGCAGGUAAGAUCUUUGGAGUUUAAGCUUUUCUGAGAUGUGUUGUGAAAAAUCUAACUUGUGUUUAUUGUAUAUUCAAUGUAACAACCUGGAAAAUCACAACUAUAUUUAAAGAGCCUCUGGAAAAUGAGGCCAGUACAGUGUGACUACAUGUUUAAUUUUCAAUGUAAUUUAUUCCAAAUAAACUGGUUCAUGCUGACCACUUGUAUUCAACUAACAACCUGGUCAAUUUUAACAACUGUUGAAUGUGAAUGGGUUUGGCAUUGUAAAUGGGCUCUGCCCCGACUGCCUCCCCGAAUGCCCUUCUGCCUAGUUGUGCACCAACUUGGUACGUUACUUCUGGGUAUAUUUUCUCAAAAAAUGUGGCUCAGGUGUGGUGGCUCACACCUGUAACCCCAGCACUUCAGGAGGCCAAGGCAGGCGGAUUGCUUGAUUCCAGGAGUUUGAGACCAGCUUGGGCAACAUGGCAAAACCCUUUCUACAAAAAAUUAGCCAGGCGUGGUGGCACAUAUUUGUGGUCCCAGCUACACAGAAGGCUGAGGUGGGAGGACUGCUUGAGCCUGGAAGACAGAGGUUGCAGUGAACCAAGAUCACGCCACUGCACUCCAACCUGGGUGACAAAGACCCCAUCUCAAAAAUAUGUGGACGCCUACAUCUAAAAAUUGCAAAAAUAGUGCACAAGUGCUUAUCCAUAGCAGACACAGAAGAAUUAAGUUUUCCCUGGAGAACUAGGCUCAUUUAUUAUACCCAAGUUAUUAAAAAAAAAUCACUGUUUAGCUACAACCAGUCUCUUAUCUUAUGAAGGUCAGACCCAGCAUGCCAGUCCAUUUCAUGCUCAAAGAAAUCUUAUUUACUCCCACAGCAGCUACUACCCAUAAGCUGAUCCUCUCAUGAGCAUCUCCACCCCACUAGAAUAUUGCCGCUUGGAAAUUUCUCCCACAAGCCUCAUACUGUUUUGAAAUCCUGUCAAUACCUUCCCAAAAUCUCUCUCUUCCAGUCCCACUGCUAUUACCGAGUUCCUUGGCAAUCCAGGAAACAGCUAUAUGCCAUUGUUCUGGUAGUUUGAAUACACCAGAGUACAAAAAUUACAUCCUUGUGAAGGUUACAUCCUAGCAGAAAAAAGCACAUCAUCAAUUCACAACAAAUUGUAAAUAUUAAAAUUACAAAUGCUAUGGACAAAAACAAGUGGAGAAGGGUAAAAAGACAGUAGGACAAGCUUAAGGAGCGGGUCUACUAUUUUUAAUAGGGUGGUCAAGGCAGGAUUCACUGAAAAGACCUGAAGGUAAGUGAAUUAGCCACAUAGCUCAGCUGAGAGCAUUCUAAAAGGAAAAAGACAA